GGCGUCGUCGUCGGCUUCGUCAUUAUAACUUACCCCCACCUACAGUCGUGACAAUAAAUUAUUCUGAAGUUUUUGUCAUUUUGUUUGUUUUUUCAUACUUUUGCUUCUUACUUUCCAGUCGUGAAUUAGUCGUGUUGAAGUUUUCAAGUGGAUAUCCGACGACGUUUUCCGCAAAAGAUUUUCUUUUUUGAUCCUUAAUCUUGUAUAGUGACCUUGAUCUUUAGACAAAUUAAACAAAAAUGUCUACACAAAUAUCGGUUUUGAUUUUAAUGAUAACAAAACUCCUGGUAAUUCGCGCUUACCCACAACUAGAUCUACCUCCAUUAACCACACCCUUAGCCAGACCGGAUAUCGUCUUUAAUAGUUAUACCCCUAAAAAUGGUGGAAAUUCUCUUAACUACGAGGAUGCCAAUCGAAGUGAUCGCUUCGGUCCCCCUUAUGCGGAUGAUGGUAGCGAUGAUCGUGGGGAUGACUUUAGAAACGGGCAACCCUACGACGAUCGUCAGCGAUAUGGCUUAAACUACCCCAACAUGUACUUAAACCGGUCUUCGGACUCUCCUUAUAGCCGUGAUGAGCCGUAUCGUGAUCGGGAAUAUCUCAAAAGAAAUAACGACCAGGAUCAAUUUACCACCCGAAAGCCAUACAAUCCAAACGACCAAUAUACCUCUAAUCGAGACCCAAACAGAGGUUAUCAAGAUGAUCGCUAUCAACCAAAUCGAUUUAAUUCAAGUGAUCGUUAUAAUUUAAACAAUGAUCAAAUCAAUGAAGAUCGUUAUCGUUUCGAACAAGAACGUCGAUCACAAAUAGAAAUGGAAAAACUGCGAAAUUUUGUAGUUGAAACUGAUCAUCAAGGAUCACAGGAGUGCACUGAAAAUGUUGCAGCUCAAUGGAAUUUCGAGACAAAUGUAAAUGAUUUCACUCAAAAUGAAGCGCUCCUUGCCCAACGACGUUAUGCAGAAUAUCAACGUCGAGUAGCUGAACAAUCUAAGAGAAUCGACAGAGAUUUGAUAUUUGAUCGAAAGCUUUAUAGACAAUUGCAAUUGUUGUCUGAAGCGGGGCCGAAUAGCCUGCCCUUUGAUCAAUUAGAUAGGUACAAUCGAUUGAUAAAUGAAAUGCUAGUUCUUUACAAUGAAGCUACGAUUUGUGCCUACCAACAGCCCUUUCAGUGUGGCCUGCGAUAUUAUCCGAAUUUGAGGGACAUCAUGUCUGAGAGUCGGGACUGGGGUGAACUGGAAUACACUUGGACGGAGUAUCAUAGAAAAGCCGGUCGGGAAAUGCGGGAUAGUUACAAGCAGCUCAUUGAUGUGAUGAACGAAGUUGCAAUGGUAAACAAUAUGACUGAUGGCGGUCAGUUCUGGUAUAUGAACUACGAAUCAGGAAGUUUUCACGAUGACCUGGAGUUGGUAUGGGAGGAAAUUAGACCUUUCUACGAGCUUCUUCAUGCCUAUGUUCGCCGGAAGCUGCGAGAAUAUUACGGUCCUGAGAAAAUAAGUCGCGAUGCUCCCAUUCCCGAGCAUAUUCUUGGCAACAUGUUCGGUCAAUCAUGGAUGAAUAUCCUGGAUAUCAUUAUUCCCUAUCCAGGACGCACAAUAAUUGACGUUUCGGAGAGAAUGAAAGAAUUCGGUUUCUCUCCGGCUGCUAUGUAUCGAACAGCCGAGGAUUUUUUCACAUCGAUAAAUUUUACAGCCUUGGGUCCGGAAUUCUAUUCGAAUUCGAUAUUUCAACAGCCUUUUGAUCGUGUUGUUUUGUGUGAACCAUCGGCGUGGGAUUUUUGCAAUCGACACGAUUAUCGAAUUAAAAUGUGUGCUAAUAUCGAUCAAAAGAGUUUGAUUAGUGUCCAUCACGAAAUGGCGCACAUUCAUUAUUUUCUAGCUUACCGACAUCAGCCCAAGGUUUUUCGAAAUGGAGCUAAUCCAGCAUUUCAUCAAGCUAUUGGAGAUGCUAUUACUUUAUCGGUUUCAACUUUAAAACAUCUCCAAACAAUUGGAUUGAUUCAAAGAUCUGUGGAUGAUUAUUCUUAUGAUAUAAACUAUUUAUUUACAAUGGCAUUGGAUAAAGUUGCAUUUUUGCCAUUUGCAUUGGCAUUGGAUAAUUGGCGAUAUGAUUUGUAUAGUGGACGGACAAAGAAGGAUUCGAUGAAUUGUCACUUUUGGGAUUUGAGGGAAAGGUAUGGAGGAGUUAAGCCACCUCGACUGCGUUCAGAGAAAGACUUCGAUGCUGGGGCAAAGUAUCACAUACCUGCAAAUAUUCCCUAUAUCAAAUAUUUCGUAUCAACAGUUCUUCAAUUUCAAAUCUAUCGAGCCAUGUGCAAAGUAUCCAAACAAUAUGAUCCGUCAGAUCCAAAUAAACCCCUGCAUAAAUGUGACAUCUACAGACAGCCGGAAGCAGGAAAUCUUCUAAAACGUCUAAUGGAAAAAGGCUCAUCGCAACCCUGGCAACAAGUUCUAGAUGAAGUACUGGGAGAAGGUCGUUUAGAUGGUUCAGCUCUGCGUGAGUACUUCCAGCCUCUCAGCGAAUGGUUGCGUUUGGAAAAUAUUCGCAAUCAGGAAUACGUUGGUUGGACUUAUGAUGGGGACUAUUGCAAGCGAAGCAUCGAAACAGCCAAUUUGCAGAUAUUUGGAGGUUUCUACAACGACUCCCCACCAAGAUCUGAACUAGGCGGCUUGAUUCUUCUAGCCAUUGUUAUUCUUAAACACUUUUUCUGAAUAAAAAAAAAAUAAAUCACCUUAGCGCACGCAUUAUGAAA